AACCCCAUAAUCUUCUUCAUCUUAGAAAUUCAAGAUGUCCAAAGGAUUAUCAUCAGCUUCCUUUUUCCUCACAAUGCUAAUUGCACUUGUGCAUGUGGGGAUGAUUAUGGCUGCAGUUGACCCCGUAGCGGCCACCGGAAAAGAACCCAUUCUUGAACUAUACAUGCACGACAUUCUUGGGGGCAAUAGCCCUACAGCUAGGCCAAUCACUGGCUUGCUAGGAAACAUCUACAAUGGUCAAGUGCCCUUUGCAAGGCCAAUAGGCUUCGUUCCUCCACAAGGUGGGGUUGCUAUCCCCAAUGCCAAUGGUGCAAUUCCAACCGUUAAUGGUGUCACUGGCAUACCACUUGGAACUGGCUUAACUGGUGCAGGAAACGCAAACAAUCAGAACCAGCCUCAGAUCCAACUGGGACCAGAUGGAUUGGGACUAGGGUUUGGAACCAUCACCGUCAUCGAUGAUGUGCUGACCUCCGGGCCCGAGUUGGGGUCGCAGACAGUUGGCAAAGCUCAAGGAGUUUACGUGGCGAGCUCGGCGGACGGAAUUACACAGAUGAUGGCAUUUACAGCCGUGAUUGAAGGAGGAGAAUAUGGUGAUAGCCUGAACUUCUAUGGCAUAUACAAGAUAGGAAGCACCCUGUCAUACUUGUCAGUGACUGGCGGUACUGGCAAGUUCAAGAAUGCAAGUGGUUUUGCCGAGGUGCGAUCACUCAUACCACCUGGUCAACAUGUCCUCGAUGGUGCAGAAACAUUGCUGAGGAUUACAGUGCAUCUAACCUACUAAGUAUGGUAUGAAAAUCUGAAGACAAAAAUGUGAAGUUUUUCUUGAAGGUGAACCCGGGCAUGGGUUUUAAAUUUCUCAGUUUGGUUGAAGUUUGUCAAAAUUAAUUUUCAAGUUUCUUCAGUUCUUGAUUUGUAAUACUGUACCAAAAAAGAAAACGAAAAAGAGUUGUUCUGUUGAAAUA